CAGGACUACUUGUGUUUAACUAAUCAAAGACAGUAAUUGAAUGCUCACGUUUUUUUAUCCUUCGUCACGCUGCUGAAGUCUUCUGGCUCUCAUUGGAUAUCGUUCACAAAAAUUAUCAGACUGGAAUGCUCUUCUAAAAUCACAGAUUGUCAUCUCCUCCUCCUCCUCCUCUCAGAGAGGAGACAGGAACAACAAAAGAAAAUAUAAAGAGCGUACUUCUAAAUUAACAAGAGACGUGUAUAUUCCCUCUCCCUCUGUGUUUAGGGUUUCUACUCUCACACUUUUCUUCUUCUAUAAUCAAUCUCUAUUACCUGUACUUGCAUUUUCGAGACACGCACAUUCUUUUUUUAAUAAAGAAAAGUCGCUGAUUUCUCUUCGAUUUAAAGGUUAUCUCAUCGGUUAAUUGUCUGUGCAGAUUCGAGAUACUUAAAUUGUAUUUUAGGAUCAAUGGUAUGCUCAAUUGGAAAUGGGAGAAUGGCUGUCAUGGCUAGGCUUCUGGUGGCCGGGAGUUUGUCACAAAAUACUGCAGAUGUGGUUAGCCAGCAGAAAUUUGUCACUCGAUAUAUUUGUAGAGAAUUACAUGAAUCGGAUGAACCAAAUUUACUUGAUGAAGAAGACAUGCAUGUUUUUGGUUUGAUGCCUAUGACUGACCCUUUGGACCUGGUAUGUUGCAAUGCUUGUAAGAAGACAGUGAAGGCUAGCCAAUAUGCAGCCCAUGCAGAGCUUUGCAGGCUCUUAAACGCUGCUGAAGAAAUGAACCUGGAGCUUGAUGGCAGCACAGGAUGCAGGAAACCUCCAAGGAAGGAGAGGAAAAAGUUAUUCACUGCCUAUUCUAACCAAGCUACAUCAGUUGGGGAACGAGAAAGGUCUGAAUCCAUAGUUGCAGAUGAUUCUGUUGCAUCAGAAUCGCAUUUGGAUGGGCAACCUAGAGUGCCUUCUUGCUUCUCCCUGGAUAAAAAAAGAAAUUCUGCUUCUGUAGAUGUUGCAUCAAUGAUGGAUGGUGAAGGAGUGAUUCCUGAGAAUACAGACUACUCAGCCUGUGAAAUGCCACCUCCAACAAAACGCCAUAAAUUCACAUCAACUGAGCACCGACUUCUAUCAGAUGAUCCAGAAACAGCUUCUGGCUUAGCAAAAGUUACUAGCACUGUGGAUCCAUUUACCUACAUUCCAGUUCCCCUUGCUACCAAAGUUUAUUACUCUCAAAGAAACACUCAUCUACGGUCAGCAGUUGCUUAUCUGCACCAUGCAGCAUCUUCUGAGGGGCUUCAGAAUAACAUGAUGAGUUCAGGAAUAUCACAGGAAAGCCCAAUGCAACUGCAGGCUUCGUCUCAGAGGGGUUCCUUAGAUGCACAAACAGAUGGCCUGACCAAAGAGAAGGUUUGUGUAAGGCAGAGAGAUCCUUCUGUGCAUCAACCAGAUCAAAUUCUUGCACAAAGCUCAGAGAUGCGCAUGGAUAAAUCUGGAGGAUGUCCACCAUUGACUAACUUCUCAAAUCAGUGUCCUGUUGAUAACAUUCAAAUACCCCAGACUGCUUCAAUUGGAAUGCUCAGAAGCAAAUAUCUUCCAAAGCCGUAUUCUUUUGCAGGGAAGCCAGGUCAAUCAAUUGGAACUAUGCAGCAACCAAGUGGAACUGUCCCUGUUUUGUAGAAGGCCAUGUGGGAAUUUUGGCUAGGCAAAUAUGUAUUUAAUACCAAAUGUGAGGUUAGGAUCCCUUUUUGAAACCACAAGCAAAUCACCGCAAUUGUUCAUUCUAGCCUUCUGUGUCAUAUUUGACAUCUGACUACUGUUUAUACUUGAAUAGAAAUUUUUUUAAAAAAAAAAAAUCUUCAUUGUCACAGUUAUAGACUUGAAGUUCCUUGAUAGUGCAAAUUCACACUGUUUCCUUAAUCUUGGUCCUCCUGGAUGUUUUUCACCUUGUGAUGAUGAUUUUGUUCGUUUCUCUGAAUCUCCUGAGGUUUCAUGAGAUCGUAUGUUGCAAGUACAUGUGCUUAUCUGGGUUCCAAGAUCCUGGUGAGAGAUGUUCAUAGUUAUCCAAUCAGUGCCGUGUGAAAUGAGGAGCCGCAAAUUGUGUCCUGCCAGGAAAUUCUUCUCGUGUCGACAGUAAGUGAUACAGGUAGUGAUGGCAAGUUGACUUUUGAAUCAUCGUCUAACUUGCUUCCCAGAAUUCAUCAUACUGAUUUUUUGGGGGGGAGGAAUGGGGUUGAUUUACAGUUAAUAGUUUUAAAAUUGACAUUUUGUUACUGUACUCCACAUCACACUCGAAAGGGGAGUGAGUGAAGGAAGUCUAGAACUGCAAAAAGACGUCGUUUUCGUGAUGGCUAUUGGAAGCUUGGUGAGGAGGAGGGGGGCACUUGUUGCCUCAAUUCAAAGAGAAAUGAAGGUGUUUCUAACGAGCAGGAUGCGGUAAGUUGAUUCCAGCAUAUGCUUAUUAUGGAGAUGCAGUAGGAAUGGACUAAUUGCGAUUAUCGAGAGAUUUGGACAGCCUUGUGGAUUUAGCUGUGGGUAAUUAGAUGUCUUAAGCUUUGCAUAAUUGCCUAGUCUUUUCUUGUUCACUAUAAAAUAUCUGCUCAUGUUGAUAGUGUGGCUGGCCACCAUGGCCUACCACAUCGCUGCAACUGGAUGAAUCAUUGUCUUUUAUGGAAGACUUUAUCAUCGAUGAUGACGAAGGUAGCUACCUUGCAUACCAAAA